AUGGGUCAAAAAUCUGCUAAACAGCAUAAAAAAGAUUUAACUCAUUUAUCAGAAGAUGAAAUUGAUCGUUUAACAAAAAAUACAACAUAUUCAAAACAACAGAUCCAAGAUUGGCAUCAAGGAUUUCUUCGUGAUUGUCCUAACGGUAAACUUGAUAAGAAGAAAUUCUUUGAAGUAUACAAGAAAUUUUAUCCCGAAGGUAAAGCUGAAAAAUUUUGUGCUCAAGUUUUUAAAACAUUUGAUUCGGAUGAUAAUGGUUAUAUUGAUUUUGUUGAAUUUCUUAUUGCUGUGAAUAUUACAUCUCAUGGUGAUGUUCGAGAAAAACUUCGAUUGGCUUUUGAUAUUGAAUUAGACGAUGAAACUAUUGAACGUCUUACAAAAAAUACAAAAUAUACACCAGAACAAAUUCGUGAAUGGCAUGCAUCAUUUUUACGGGAUUGUCCAAAUGGAAAACUUACAUCAACACAAUUUGUAGAUGUUUAUAAAAAAUUUUAUACAGAAGCUGAAGCUGAAAAAUAUAGUUAUCAAGUAUUUCGUACAUUUGAUCUAGAUCGUAGUGGUUAUAUUGAUUUUGUUGAAUUUUUACUUGCUGUUAAUAUUAAUGCUAAUGGAGAUAUACGCGAUAAAUUAUCUCUUGCUUUUGAUAUUUAUGAUAUUAAUGGAGAUGGAAAAAUUGACAAGAAAGAAAUGACCAAAGUGAUUACGGCUAUUUAUGAUCUUUUAGGUGAAGAGCAUCGUAAAGGAGAGAAUUCACCAGAAAAUCGUGUGAAAAUAAUCAUGGAAAAAUUAGAUUUAAAUGACGAUAAAUCUAUCUCACGAGAUGAAUUUGUUGAAGGUUGUCUUAAAGAUGAUAUCCUUCGACAAUUAUUGGCACCUAAUGUUUAA